UGUGGUAGGUCUGGAGCGGAGCGGGGGCAGGGGGGGAAGACGGAGGUGAUGGUGACCGAAGGUGUGACAACUGUUGCCUACACGCUGGAUGAGGGCCUGAUAGGGUUUGGAACGGCCAUUGAUGACGGCAACUACACUCGGGCCACAGCCUUCUUGGAGACUCUGGAAAUGACCGCAGAAACAGAGGCAAUGUGGAACACCUUGAGCAAACUGGCACUCGAGGCAAGGCAGCUCCGCAUCGCGGAGAGGUGCUUUUCUGCUUGGGGCCAUGUAGCAAAAGUUCGAUUCCUGCAUGAGACCAAGGAGAUUGCAGACCAAGUGUCUCAGGAAUAUGGUGGAGAAGGAACGGACUUUUACCAGGUCCGAGCACGCCUAGCCAUGCUGGAGAAGAACUACAAGCUGGCUGAGAUGAUCUUCUUGGAGCAGAGUGCCGUUGAGAAGGCUAUAGAUAUGUAGCAUGUGCUGCACCGUUGGGAUGAGUGUAUUGCUGUGGCUCAGGCCAAGGGCCACCCAGCCCUGGAGAAGCUGCGCCGGAGUUACUACCAGUGGCUGAUGGACACACAGCAAGAGGAGCAAGCCGGUGAGCUACAGGAGAGCCAGGGGGAUGGACUAGCAGCCAUCAGCCUCUACCUCAAAGCCGGGCUCCCUGCCAAAGCUGCCCGACUGGUGCUGGCCCGGGAGGAACUGCUAGCUAACACCGAGCUGAUAGAAAACAUCACUGCAGCCCUAAUCAAGGGGGAGCUGUAUGAAAGGGCGGGUGAUCUCUUUGAGAAGAUUCGGAACCCAGAGCGGGCCCUGGAGUGCUACUGUAAAGGCAGCGCAUUCAUGAAAGCGGUGGAGCUGGCUCGGUUGGCAUUCCCAGUGGAGGUGAUGAGACUGGAAGAGGCCUGGGGGGAUCACUUGGUGCAGCAGAAGCAGCUCGAUGCAGCCAUUCAUCACUACAUUGAAGCCAGGUGCUCCAUUAAGGCAAUUGAAGCUGCCUGGAAGAAGGCCAUUUAUGUAUUAGAUCUACCGGACCGGAACACUUGGACCACCACAUACUAUCCCCGCGGGGCCCAACACUAUGCGUCUCUGCAGGAGUAUGAGAUUGCGGAGGAGCUCUACGUUAAGGGAGACUGAACAGAAGAUGCAGUAGACAUGUACACUCGGGCCGGCUGCUGGGAGCAAGCCCACAAGCUGGCGAUGAAGUGCAUGAGGCCGGAAGACGUGUCAGUGCUGUACAUCAGCCAGGCUCAGGAGACGGAGAAGCAGGGCAAGUACCUGGAGGCUGAAAGGCUCUACGUGACAGUGGAAGAGCCUGAUCUUGCCAUCACCAUGUUCAAAAAGCACAAGCUGGAUGAUGAUAUGAUCUGCCCAGUAGGGAAGCACCACCCAGAUCUCCUCAGUGACACACACCUACACCUGGGCAAGGAGCUGGAGGCUGAAGGCCGACUGCAGGAGGCCGAGUAUCACUACCUCGAGGCUCAGGAGUGGAAGGCAACAGUGAACAUGGACCGGUCCAAUGGGCUUUGGGAGGAGGCCUACCGGGUGGCCCAGGCUCACGGAGGAGCUGAUGCCCACAAGCACGUGGCCUAUCUGUGGGCAAAGAGCCUGGGAGGAGCGUCCGCAGUGAGACUGCUCACUAAGCUCGGACUCCUGGCAGCUGCCGUGGACCACGCUGCCGACAACUGCUCAUUUGAAUUUGCUUUUGAACUCUCCCGGCUGGCCCUCAAGCACAAAACCCCUGAGAUGCAUCUCCGAUAUGCUAUGUACCUGGAGGAUGAGGUUAAAUCUGAAGAGGCCGAAGCUGAAUUCAUCAGGGCUGGUAAGCCCAAGGAAGCAGUCCUCAUGUUCGUCCAUAACCAGGACUGGGAGGCAGCUCAGCGUGUGGCCGAGGCCCACGAUCCUGACACUGUCGCCGAGGUGCUUGUGGGGCAGGCCCGGGGGGCCUUGGAGGAGAAGGACUUUCAGAAAGCAGAAGGGCUGCUGCUUCGGGCCCAGAGACCGGGCCUGGCCCUCAAUUAUUAUAAGGACGCUGGAUUAUGGAGCGACGCCCUGCGGAUCUGCAAGGACUAUGUGCCGGGCCAGCUGGAGGUUCUGCAGGAAGAGUGUGAGCGGGAGGCUACCAAGAAAGGGGCCAGGGGCAUGGAGGGGCUCGUGGACCAAGCUCGCCAGUGGGAGCAGGCUGGAGAGUAUAGCCGUGCCGUCGACUGCUACCUCAAGGUGCGGGGCUCAGGCAGCAGCAGCCUGGUGGAAAAGUGCUGGAUGAAGAGGGACUACAGUGAGUUCUCUCUGAGGAACUGCGACCACUCCUCUCAGAGGUCCUAUGCUGUCUUCUCUCAGAAGGGCUGUGUCCUCUCACCUCUAAGGGACUGUGAUGAGUUUUCUGAAAGAGACAUCUCCUCUCACAGGGACUCUGAUGGCUCCUUUCAGAGGAACUGUGAUGUCUCCUCCGAGGAUGACUUCGAUGGCACCUCUCGGAGGGACUGCAAUGGCUUUCAGAGGAAUUACUUGGGGUUCUCUCCCUUACAAAGCUAUGGCGGUUUCGCUUCUUGGGUGUGAGUUUCUCUGUAAGGUGACUGUGUGAGGUUCUCUUAAGUGAACCAUGUAGAUUUCUCCCUCUGGCCUGAACUCUGGUUCCUAUUUUGGAGCUCUUGGACUCCUGGCUAGAGAUUUCACAUCUGUAGGAGUUUCUCUUAUCUUUGCUGCUCUUGUCGUUUUGAACAAUGACCACAGCCUGUCCGACUGAAGUGGUUUUGAAAAUAGCACUUCUUUGGGAAACUAUGGGCUUGGGUCGUUGGGUAUGUCUACGUUGGAAAGAGCUACCUCUUUUUGGUUGAUGAGCUGAUCUGAAUUGCUGUAUUUCUUCCCAUAACAUCUUCUCCUGCUUAGUGGUUAUGUCUGUUGGCUUUAGCUUACCAACUGACAUCCUAUCUCUUUUGAUAUCUCUUGAUGAGGAAUCAUCUCUGGCUUUUUGUUUUGGUUGGUGGUUUUUGCUUGAACACAAAUGGUCUGGUCUUGACCUGUCCUUAGGCUUCUGUCCAGCAAAAGCCAUUAUUCUUCGUGCUCUCUGGAAUGCUUGCUUUAGGCCUUGAAAAAACCGUUGAAUGAAUUUGGGUUGGGAGGAUUUCUUAGGUUGUCUUUUCGAAGAGGCAGUAGUUGUCUGAGAUGCUCUAUUCCUCUUCCUUCUUAACUGUUCUCGUAAUCCUGAGAAGAACUC